GUAGAAAUAAUUUUAGCUGGAGCAGGAAGUUGCUUAGCUUGUGCGCGUGCCUGAGGGAGAGGCGCUCGAGCGCUGUAUCAUUUGUGCCGAUGAUUUAAUAAUCUACUUUCAUGUCACACGAAAACAAAAUUAAAGUAACUCGGAAGAGUUUCCAGCAAACGUAGGUUAGUAAAACGUACUGGUGUUUUUACCAGAGUUGUAACUACUAAAUGAACCUUAUCUGAUACUAAAUCCAACGAUUCUUAUAAAUACUUCAUUAUAAAAUCCCAUAAAAGAAUAACAUGUUACAAUGCAUUUCCUUUAACCUUUUUAUUUAGUAGGUUUCAAAGGAAAAAUGCUGGUAAAAUCUAGAUGAGUAAUUAAUGACUCAUGUCUGAAACUAAUCUCGGCACAGGUGUUAUUUAAACACCUUAAACUUUUUCCAAUUUAAAUAGAAAUAUCGUUAUGAAGAAUAUGUGAAAGUCUUUGUGAUCAGCUGUGAUUUUUUUUUUUUUUUUUUUUUUUUUUUUUUUUGCUGUUUUAGGGCAUUUAGAUCUUUCUAAAAAAAGUUUUCAGUUCAGAGCAGACCUGUUUUAGGAUCUUUGCUUGCUUGUUCAUGAGAUGCCUGCAACAUACAGUCCUGUGUAAAUCAGUAUGUUAUGAUCACUAACAGGAAGUUAGAAGACAACAAAAGAAAAUCAUAAUAUUUUUAAAAAGAAAAGACCCUUUUUUUUGCAUCGACAUUUAGAGUCAGCCCAAAGAUAAUUAUUUUUGAAGAAAUCCCUGUAUUUCUUUACUUUUAUUCAUCAGUAAAAGUGUUUUUGCAAAGAAAACUAUAGAUUUUUAUUCAGGGGAGACAUGUUCUUUUUACUCAAGUGUGUUAAAAAGAAGCAAAUAUCUAAAACCCUUGGUAAUGAUUCAUUUUACAUUACAAAUUAACGAUAUUUAGCUAAUUCAGGUUUCACCCUUUUGCAUCAGGUUUGUCUAAGUGGCUGUGUCUCCCAUAGCAGUUAUAUUUUAUAUUACCGUUUUAAUUAAUUCCUUUUAGCUUUUCUAGAGUGCACAGAAAUUUCUGGAGGACUUCAUGCAAGUACUGUGUUUCUGAGAUUGUAUGAAUUUAAUUAAAUAUUUUGUGCUUUCAGGCCACAAGUAGCUCUAUGUCUUCUUCCCCCAUAAAAUCCCGUCUCCACAUGAGAAAGAAGCUCUUCAGGCUCUCACUGUCGGUUCUGGAGGCUUGUAUGAACAAUUGUGGAAAGCGGUUCCGCAGCGAGGCAGCUAAGUUUCGCUUUCUGAAUGAACUUAUCAAAGUCUUAACGCCAAAGUCCUUUGGCGCGUGGAGUCCACAGAAAGUUAAAGACAGAGUGACGGAGGUCUUCUACGGCUGGACGCUCUGGCUUAAAGAGGAACCUAAGAUUCAGGAAGCCUACAACAUGCUGAAGAAACAAGGCAUCGUGAAGAAGGAUCCCACACUUCCAGACACAGUUGUUAUGGCUCCUCCGCCUCAAAGAACCACAGAGUCUGUUUUUUGAUCAAGACGACAAGGCCAAGAUGUUGGUUAGACUACUGAGGAGUGGCCAUCCUGAAGACCUGGAAACUGCCAACAGGCUCAUUAAAAGCACCAUCCAGGAGGCGAGGAGCACUGCAGCACUGCUGGUCCUCAUAUUUGAUUUAAUGGUGGUAUGGAUGAAUCUUUGGAUGAAUCUUCGGUUGUGUCUUAGGAGCAGGAAAAGGCUGAGAAAGUGUCAAAGCGAGAGUCAACCCUGAUGGAGGUUGAGAGCAGCACCAACCAGCUGAGAGAGCUUCUGUAUCAGCACAUCGAUAAUGAAACCUCGUUACAAACCAGUGAUGACAUGAAGGCAUGUUGCGUUUCAAACUGAUGUUUGUUAAUAAUAUCCGACUGUUAACAACAAAAAUUACUUACCAGAGUCUUACUCCACCCACACUUCUUUUUUGAUAUUUCAUCACUGUUUUGGGUCUGUUACAGAUCUUGGCUGAACAUUUGUUAUUUUAUUGUAAAUUUCAGAUAUGCCAUGUAUUUAAAAUGUUCAAAUAAGUGUAACCGUCAGUACUGUUAUGACAUAUUUCCAUUAACACUAACAAGCUUCCGGUUUCACUCUGUAACCAGUUGCCACCCUCAGUUAGGCUGUCCCCAUAUCUGCCGGUCUUUUAAGAGUUGCCUAAAACCCCACCUCCUCCGCUCGACGUUCCCCUGAACGUGUUUGAGGUCGGCCUUCUUUUUUGUUGAUUUUAUUUCCCUGUUUUCAUUGGUGUUUUUAUCCCUUGUUUUAUCCAUUUGUUUCUACUUUUAAAUGUUUUACCUUUUUUGCACUAUUUGAAUUGCUUUUAUUAUCUAUUUAUUCAUUGUGUUUCACAUUUCUUAUGUACUGUGUUCAGCGCCUAGGGCUUCCUGACAGGGUUUCGGAAGGCGCUUUAUAAAUAAAGCUCUGAUUGAUUGAUUUGAUUUACCUUGACAUUCUGACCAUAAACAUUAAAUUGCUCACUCUUGCAGUUUUAAA